AUGCGGCAAGAUGUGUACACUGACAAAGCGGCCGCGCCCUUCCAACAUGUCUUUUCCCAAGCUAUUCGUUCUGGAAACAAAAUCUAUUGUUCCGGCUCUGUGGCACUGAGUACAAAGACCGGCGCCCUUGUCGAAGUGGGAAUCCAGGCAGAGACGGAGCGCGUGCUCGACAACCUUGAGGCUGUUCUUAAUGAAGCAGGCACGGGACUUGACAAGGUCGUCAAGGUCAAUGUUUAUCUCAAAGAUAUAGCGAGAGAUUUUCGGCAAUGA